AAAGACUUCGGAAGAAAGGAACACCUAGGUUUCCGAGUUUACUUCCUAUCAGCGUCUCACACUAAACUACAUCUGAAACUUGGACACAUUCAAGAUGUCAACUGUUAAAUGCUAUUUUGGUAAUCCCAAUAUAGUUUUUCUUGAGCUACAUAGAAGACAUACUGCACUCGGUGCCCAAACCUGAAUGCAAAGCACGCUACUACAGGUUCAGGGGGCGGAGUCAAACAGCUGGAUACUCUGGAGUGUCUCGUGGCGGCGAUGCAGCGAGUCUGCCUGAGCGCGAGCUUUCCCGUACUCCUCCUGUUGAAGGCGAUAAACGAGCUAGAGGGACCGCAAUUUGUUGGGAAAGUAAAUCUAGGAAUUGAUAUUAAGAAAAUAGGGAAACACCGUAUUCCCCGGGCCCAGUGUGGAAUCGUACCAGAGGUGUGGAGAACAGGUCGGCGUACUCAAAGUUACCAAAGAAACAGUAAAAACUCGCUAGCAGACAGAGGCAGAAGUUACGCCAUGGCCCUGUACAACCAACAUGUCUGCCCUGUGGAUAACUGGUUGUACAACCAGUCAUGUGAAGAAGAGCUGUAUUUGCAGAGCGGGCCAACCUUGUGCUGCACGCUAGACAAUGUACCUCUCAUCAGUAAAUGUGGGACUCUUCCCCCUGAGAGCUGCUUCUUCAGCCUUAUCUGCAGCACAGGCUCAUUCAUGGUUAUGGUGAUUGUGCUGUUCCGUUAUGCCCACGUCAUUGAGAAGCACCAAAACUGUGUGCUCAACACGGCGAGUCUCUCCACGGGCUGGAUCUGUGCCGCUGGACUCAUCAUGGUGGGCAACUUCCAGGUGGAUAAUGCCAAAGUUCUCCACUAUGUCGGAGCAGGCAUUGCCUUCCCCACCAGUAUGCUAUUUGUGUGCCUGCAGUCAGCGCUGACUUACCGGCUGGCCAAGACCCAGGGGGAGUACAACGUGGCCCACCUCCGGCUCUGCAUGACCCUGCUGGCGUUGGUAGCCUUGGUGCUCAGCGGUGUGUUUUUCUGUCAGGAGAGCUUCGUCCUGCAACACGCAUCAGCCAUCUUUGAAUGGGUGUUCUGCGUCAUCAUCAUGCUGUUUUACGGGACAUUUGCUUUUGAGUUUGCCAGCAUGUCAGGAGAUACCAUGGCGGUGCUGGCUAGAGGAGGGGCACUGGGACCUGCUGGGCGAGAACACAAGGUGGACGCGCUGGGAGGGCCCGGUCCACACUCACAGCCACAUCCACACCAACCUGAAAACAUGUCCAUACUGUAGCCCGCUGGCACAUCUUGAUGCCACACAGUUGGCUUGUUUAUUCCUUUCAAAUUGUGGUUGUCAAAUGAGUUUAAUUCAUUUCCAGCCACAUUCGUCUGAAGCUUUGAAAUGAACCAGGCCAGUGCAGUCGCCAUUUCACGGCAGAGUGGAUUCUUGUUUUUCAACCACAGGGGCGUAGAUCUGCUGCCACUUUGGAGAACUCAUCUUGUAUUGUGCUCACAUCAGAGCUCGGCGUCUCUAAAGAACUUGCAUUUUGCACAUCGCACAAGUGUGAAACCAAAUUUUUUCCCCAACUCAGUCCUGUCCUCGGUGAGCAGCAGAGGAGUAUUUUGUCAAUCAGAUCAAGAAAAUGUACUUUCCCCCCUGAGAUCCUGUAACCUGUCCCAGUAAGUGGCCUUGGACCAUUUCCACUUCAGGUGACUGCUGUGUUGCUUUCAUUGUACAUAACGAAGUGAAGGCUGCUGGACGGCCUAGCUGACAGUAUUUUAGUUGGGAGAGAGAGAGAGAGAGAAGAUGGUGUGCGAAUGUUACAGUAGGAGCAGGGUCAAAUUGGAUGCUUGUUUUCCCACUAGAGAAUGGAUGAAUGCAAUAAAGAAAAGAAAAAAGAAAAGGUUUGUCAAAUAGAAGUAUGUAAAUGUUUCAGUCAAUCCUUGAGAUAGAACAGGGCAGCGGUUUGCAUUUUGCAAUCAUUUAAACCUGCAUUAACAGUAUUUUUGAUCUUAACAAAUAAAAUGAUUGUCCUUCAUAGUACAGGAUCCCCUGACAAUUAACACUCUACUCUCAAUUGAUUUUAGCCGACUGUUGGUUAUUCAGCCUGCAUACUCUGAUUUACGCAACCUAGCCAAAGUUAACGAGCUGAUGGGAAAGAAAGUCUUCCAUUUGGCAAGCUCAACACCCAGAUAAUUUCCUCAGGAGUUGGUUAACCAAGGCUAAAAGGAAAUUAAAUAUUGGACUCAUGUGGCCAUUGGGAUAAUAAUGUUGCUCUGUGUCUGCUGGGUGUGCAUGUAGACACAGACAUUGGCUGUAACAACCCCUGUAAGUUUGUUUUGUGGUCAAAAAUUGCUUAAUGCAGCUUUAAAAUAUGCAACAACUUUACAUCUGCUCAGCAACUCAGCAUGUGCAAGCAAACACUAUUUUUAAAAGUAUCCAUGCGACCCAGCCCACAUUGUGUUUGUGUGUCUGGAAGCUUUGGGUGAUGUGCCAUAUUAUUAUUUUAACUGCAUAGAGAACAUACAUAGACCUAGUGCCUCAUAAAUUCAAACUUUUAUGACUGAGUAUGAAAAAGGUUUCCCUCUCAUUGUUGUCAAUACACUAUAACGACCUUAAACCUCAAUAGUAUUUGCUUUAACUUCCUCUCUGUAAAGACUAUGAAAGGGAGAUGAUACAGUGUCCAGAGGCCAAAUGCGCACCAGCUAAUUAAAGCCAGAGCAGUGGGGUUAUUGAGUUUGAUGACGAAGCAUCACACGUGUCUUCAGGUCCUACGGAUGUAGGUCUCCAUCUCAUUAUUCCCCACCAAGGAGGAGCUCAACAUGCUCAUAUUGCUUUACCUGCUUACUUUUCUCUCUCCAUAGUUGGAGUUUUUUCAGCAUGUCUAGCUGGUGUAGCGGGACAAAGGGAAAAGGAAGGAUUUGUAGUGUAAGAUAUAACUGAGCUGCACUGUCUUGCCUCUGUGUUACUGUACAGCAGAAUAUACCAAAUAUCAGUUUGCCUGUGGUAUCGGUGCUAAAACACAAAAGGUCUUAUCCUGUCAUUUCUCCCCCUGAGCUUAGCUGUGAUUAUGAUAACAUCUGAUGAAUGAAAGCAAUAAGAUGGAGACAUAGCUUCAUAGCACACCUCAGCUUCAUUGCUGACUGCUGAUAGUGGAGGAGCAGGGACAGAAGGUUGCAUGCACGCCUGUGAGUGCCAGAAAUACCAAAGUGGAUAUUUGCCACUACCCGACUUGAUGUUUUGAUAUCUGUCAGUGUAGAUUAGCCUCACGGUUGGGUAUAUUUUCCUUUCACUUGGUCCUCUGCGCAGAUAUUCAAAUGUUGAUUCUAUUCAUUUACUGUCUCUGACAUUAUGUGCUGUGUUGUAAUCCAGAUACCCAGAAUUACUGUUUAUAUUUGUAGGAAAUGUUCAACAUCUCAGUGUAACAUUAACGCACUCUGAGCUGUCUGGUGAAAAACCAACAGUAAUGGUCUUGUUUGUAGGCCUUCACACAGAAAAAAUGUCACUCCCUCAAACCAUAUCGUUGUUGGGCAGAGGUUUUGUUAGUGCCAGACCAAGACCAUUCUUCACACACAGUAUGUUACAGAAGGACUGAAAUGUAGUUAUUUUGCUCAGACUGAAUGUAUGAGUACUCUCAACAAGACUGAAGUGAAAAACUUGUGUAUGCUGUACUGUGGAGCAAGCUGGAAGGUCAAAAAACAGCACCAGCCACACCACUGAUCACUUGCUUCUCUCUACUGGUCAAACUGCUUAUUGCACACAAGUUUGUUUUGCAACCAGAGCUGUAAUGUUGCAGCUCAGCUCACAGGAGGUUCUUGUUUUGUACUUGAAAAAUUCUACAUUGUUUUGUAUCCACAGCCGACCAUACUCAGUUGGUUACAUGUUUGGGCCAAAUUUGUUUUACUUCUCAAUUUACUAAAACAGUGAAGCUAAGUCAUGAAGAGCACUUGGACCUCUUGACUUUAGUUCAGUAGUGAUCUUCAGACUGUUUUGCCUGGCAUCACCUGGAAGCUUGGCCUUGUGACCAUGCGCUUUUACAAUAUGCAUUUGUUUCUAACAAAUCACAGAAUCAGAUUGGAUGCAUUUUAAAUGUUAUGUCAAAUGAUGGUGCUGCUCAUGCUGCUCUAGAAAGAAACAUUUUGUCAUUACACAUUUAUAGUGUUUAAUUUUACUUAAUGGUUUAUGCAUGGUGUGAAUCUAUACACGAAGCCCCCAUUUCUAGUUGAGCACUAUAAAAAUUAGUUAAAUAUUAUGAGAAACUCUUUCAUAUAGAUUCACAUUCUGCAUUGCCUGCUCGGCCUCCCCCUCUACUUCCUGUCCUCUUGUUCUCGUUUACCAAUCAGUCUGAACUUUGCACUCAGGAAAAUGUUACGACACCAGCUACAUUGUUUGAUUCAAAGCAGAAUGAACUCUGCUUGCUUCUGCCUUCAGUUGUCUUUGUUUUAAUGGCAUUCGUUUUUUUCUUAUGAGGAUUCGUUAUGUUUAUUUGUUUUGUUUAGUAUAGGCACAACUGCUUUUUCACAGUUGUAGGUUUGCGGGUUAGUUAUAAUAUAAUAGAUUAUUUUUGUUAAUCAAUAAAGCUUAAAAAUGAACAUUCCUGUCUAGUUAGCUUGUGAGAAUGCAGAUGCUGCUCACAUGGUUAAAUCUGCAGUCAGUGGAUCGUUGAUGAGAACAUUCUGACAAAUUAACUAGCAGUUGUAAACCUCACAGAAAUCUUUUACUCGAUACUUAAUUCUCAAUGCAAAAUGCUCCCUAUGUGCCUUAUGUAUGAUUUUUGGUGAUGAAAACCAAAGAGGUUUAGGUUGUAAGUUCUAUUUUGAUGAAAAGUCAUGUGAUCGUGUUAUGCCUUAAUGUUCAACAAAUAAAAAAAAAUGUAAGUUGCAUCCAAA